AAUAACAAGUCAAUAUUAUUGGAAAAAUAAAGUGAUUUAAUUAGCUAAGUAAGAAGUAGAUCAAGUUAGUGAAAGACGAGGGGAAAGAAUGAAAAGGAUUUGAGAGAAAUUGAACAUUGGUCUAAAUGUUGAUCAACUUUUUUCUUUCACCUCCAAACAAUUUUGUUUCAUUAGCCAACAAGAGCAGCUCCACGUUAAUGGCAUUUUAUGCAUUAGCCAAACGGAGGCAAAUUCUCCAUCAAAUUCAAUUCCGUUACUUACUGUCAACACUUCCAUCUUUCUCCUCUUCUUCAAAUGGGUACGUCAACAUCUUCUUCUCUCAGACUUUUCGUCGAACACUUCAUACGCACUUUCAUACUCCUUUACCCAAACAACAUUCACUGUAUUUCUCAACACUCCAAGUCCAACCAUCUCCACAGCUAUCUAUUUACAACCCAAUUGAUUUCAAUGCAAUUAUAAGCAAAAACAAUCAAAAUGAGGAGUUGGGUGUUAUUGAAUUAGUCGAAUUAGUGAAGAAAACCAAGGAUUUUACCUCCAGGACGGAAGCCAUUGAUUUUGUUGUUAGUUCUGGUGUUAAACCUGAUGCUAAUCAGGUUUAUUUGGCUAUUUGGGGUUUGAGGGAAGAUUGGAAGUUGGCUUUAUUGGCAUUUGAAUUGAAUGAAAAUUGGGGUUUUGAAACAGAGAAAAUUCUGGGUUUGGUUGUUUGGGUGUUGGGUACUCAUCAGAAGUUUGAUGUUGCUUGGUCCUUGAUUCGUGACUGGCACCGGUCUGGGGAUACUCGACAAGCCAUGCUUGCUAUCAUAGAGAGAUAUGCAGCAGCAAAUAAUCAUGAGAAGGCCAUUAAAACAUUUCAUUUUAUGGAGAAACUGACACUACACCCGGAUCAGAAAGCAUUUUACACUGUCGUUAGUGCCCUAUGCAGAUAUGGCAAUAUUGAAGAGGCUGAGGAAUUCUUGCUGAAAAAUAAGAAGUUAUUUCCUCUUGAGACCGAAGGCUAUAAUAUCAUUCUUCAUGGUUGGUGUGAUAUUUUUGUUGAUGUUGUUGAAGCCAAGAGAGUAUGGAGGGAGAUGGCAAGUUGUUGUGUUACACUUGAUGCAAUGUCUUACACCCAUAUGAUUUCCUGUUUCUCGCGGGUAGGAAACCUUUUUGAUUCUCUGAGACUCUACGAUGAUAUGAAGAAAAGGGGAUGGAUCCCUGGCCUUGACGUCUAUAAUUCCCUGAUUUAUGUUAUGGCUCAUGAAAAUUGUUUGAGUGAAGCUCUUAAAAUUCUUGUGAAAAUCAAAGAUAUGGGUUUACAACCAGAUGCUAGGACCUAUAAUUGCUUGAUUUGUCCUUUAUGUGAAGCUGGAAAAUUCAAGGAGGCUAGAAAUCUGCUGUCCAUUCUGAAACAAGAGGGUGUCCAAUCAACUAUUGAAACAUAUCAAGCUUUCUUGGAAGAUGCAAAUUUGGAAGGAACUUUUGAAAUUCUGAGCCAGAUGAAAAACGAUAAAGUUGGCCCAGACAGUUACACGUUUCAACUAAUUUUUGAUAGGUUCUUCAAAUUAAGAGAACCUGAAAAUGUAUUAAAGGUUUGGGUGGAAAUGGGACAUUUUGGAGUGCAUCCUGAAUCAGGACACUACCAGUCUCUUGUACGUGGCUUGGCAAAUUGUGGCUGUUUAAUGAAGGCGAAGGAAUUGCAUGUUGAGAUGCUUUCAAAUGGAUAUGUAGAUGAACCAAUACUCAAGAAAUUGUUACAAGGACCAGAACCUGGUAGUCGUCAUGGAAGAGUUGGGUCCAUGAACUUUGUGAAACCUGUUAAUGAAUCAAGAUCCUCAUAUGCAUCCUGUACUAGGCCAAAUAGAGGAAGGAAAAAACGAGGUGUUAAACUCUCAAAGAAGCAGCAAAGACUUGAAGGAUCCUCUGUGCAGUAACGAACCAAGAUAUAUCAGAUGACCGACAAUGCUAUCAAUAGCUCUACCUCUGACCUUGCUGCAAUUGAGGGAAUUUCCCUAGACGUAUGUUGAAUCGGAAUUUAUGGGCCAGCAGUACAGGCGAAGUUCCUGAAUUAAUUAUCACACUUGGGGGAUGUACAACCGGAUAUCCCAAAGGUGCUACUUCAACCGGAUAUUCAUUUAAUUGAUUAUGUUUCUCAACUGAUUAUGUUUCUCAACUAAAGGCUCUAGACGGAAAACCUUUUCGGUCGCCACGCUCUUAGAAAGAGCUACGUUGGUAGUAUUCAAGGUCUCAUUGAUAUCUAGGAUGAUCCUAUUGGCCUGUCUAGUUACUGUCUGUCUUCUCCUGUUAUGAGUCUGAGGUCAUCGGCCUAUCCUUUUGUGAAAAAAUAUGGCAAUUGAAGAAUUGGAGCUACAUCUAUGAAUGAGAGGAAAAUAUGGCUUGUUAAACCUUAUGAAUUUGUUUUCGAUGUUCCGGAAAGGAUACCUUACUGAGGCCAAUAUUGUUAAAUAUCUAAAUUUGGUACCAAUUCUCCUGAAGGGUAACCUUAAUCUCAUCUCCGCUCUCUUCUCCAGCUAUUGCUUGUUUUGGUGUCAGUUUGAGUGCUGCUGCGGUGUGUGCGGACUCUUCUGUCGUGGCACAUGAAGAUUGGAUAUUGUGAAGCAUUAUGUGAUUCUGGAAAUAUGUCCAUAUGAUACAACAUGAUAACUUGAUAAGUCACAACCUUGGACACUUGGUGUGACAGAGAUGUUUCCGGCACGUUCUAUCAAGUCAAAUGUUACAAUGAGUAUGAAGGUGAAUCUCGAAGAAGGAGAUCCCAUGAUGAUAACAAAGGGCUGAAGCUUGAUAUUCCUGACUUUGAAGGCAGCUUAGGCCCAGAGAAAUACCCGAGUGUUUAAAUACAAGGGCUUUAAUGACUGAAAUUGCUUCUGAUAUUAAUCAGGUAUGCAUAAUUGCGUAUGCCUCAUUUUGGUUUGACAAUUUAAGAGCAGGGCAGGAGAGGUGUAAAAGUAAAACUGAAACCUGACUCUUGAGCGAAACUAAAGAAACAUGCGUCAAGAUAAAUUACUCCCAUUUUUAAUGCAAGACAGCUUGUCAUUUGAGGAAUGCAUCUCUGAAUUUGAGUACCAAUGCAUGCUAUGUGAUGUCCAAGAAAGGCCUGAACAUAAAAGUUCACUUUCAUAAUGUUGCUGAGAACAGAUGUUGCUGGAAUUAAGGCACCAUGGAUCUUGUAAGUAUUUGUGUAUAGGUGUGAAAAGUAGAAGGCAGGUAAAAGGUUGGCCCAGAUGUGAAUUUGUGGGGUGCAUCUGAGAACAAGAGAACUAAAAAAACAAUGCUGUAAGUGUCAUGGUUUUGGGCAUACAGUACACGGAUGCCCUUUAGGCACACCUUAGUCUGUCCUCGAGUAUUUUAAACUUAGGGGUUAAAUGGGCAAGGAAUAACUACAAGGGCGAAGGGAAUUUUAAACCCAUGCUGAACCUUUUUUGUUAUUGCAUCAUGUUUCUCCUAACUCGUUAAAUCAGAAGAGGGCAGAGUAGAGGAGAUUCGCAUAAGGAAUUGCUUAAUAUUCGAGUUAUGACACUUUUAGAUUGAGAUGUGAAUAUAGGUCUGGUUUCCCACAUGAAGAGCAUAGUGUUGCAUUAACUCCUGAUUAACAUGGAUUUGAUUUAGUGUACAUGUGUAUGCAAAGGAAGACCUAUUCGUUUGUUGCUGCUUGUCCCAGUAGAUAAAAUUACACGAAACAAGGGUAAGACGAAUGCCAUCUCUGCUAGAACGGGAUUUACUGUUCCGUGCAUUGAGUUAAGUUGAAUUUGUGUUGCAGCAAUGAUUGUACUCCUGCCCUAACCAAAGGCUACUAUAUCUGGCGGAUGAUUAUUUUAAAGAUGUUUGGAAACCUAAGUUGCUUGUGGUUAUGGUACAUGUUUGGAAACAGUAUCAUGCAAGUCAGCUGAAUGUCUCAUUUUUUGCUUAUUAUUAAGGGGCUAUUUUAAAGCUUCCUUGUUAAGUAAGCUCCUUUUGUAUAAUGCUGUAAAUUUUUAAGAGGGAAUAAAUCAGCUGAAUUUACUUGA